AAGAGAGGCUUUUGCAAGCUCAAAAAUGUCCAAAAACAGUGCUAAAUCCAAGACGUAUAGCCCCAUUACUUCACAGCCUGUACGAGUCCCUUGAAAAUCCACAAAAAAAAACCCGACAAUUUGAAGAUAAUUCCAAGCACCCCAUGUGAGAUUCUUCCUUUUCUUGCUCAUUAAACUCUUCCUCUCACUCAUUCACUGCUUCUCCUGCUUUCUUUGUUCUGCUGCAGCAGCUGCUGCUGCUCAUUCAUUCAUUUUCUCUGCCACUUUUCCCGAGAAAAUUCUCCCCCAACUUUUCUGGGAUUUCUUGUUGCAGUCAUGUGGGAUUCCGAGACUGAAUCUGUCGGAGGGCGAGAUUACGACAAUGGAGUACUUAGCUCUACAAAAUCUGGUGUCAAGACUGAUGGGUUUGAGCUGAGAGGCCAUGACUGGCAUGUUGCAACUGAUAUUCCAAGUGACUUUCUAGUACAUAUUGGAGAAGUCAAUUUUCACUUGCACAAGCAUCCCCUGCUUUCGCGGAGCGGGAAGAUGAAUAGACUGAUAUAUGAAACGCGAGAAUUCAACUUGAACAAAUUAGUCUUAGAUGAUCUCCCGGGAGGGCCAGAGGCAUUUGAGUUAGCAGCUAAGUUCUGCUAUGGAAUUGCUGUUGAUCUAACAGCAACCAAUAUAUCUGGCCUUAGAUGUGCUGCAGAGUACUUAGAAAUGACUGAGGACCUUGAAGAAGGCAAUCUGAUAUUUAAAACUGAAGCAUUCCUCAGUUAUGUUGUUUUGUCAUCAUGGAGAGACUCCAUACUCGUGUUGAAAAGCUGCGAGAAGCUCUCUCCAUGGGCGGAAAACCUUCAAAUUGUCCGUAGAUGUAGUGAGUCCAUUGCUUGGAAAGCUUGUGCUAAUCCAAAAGGAAUAAGGUGGGCAUACACUGGAAGAAGUUCAAGAACUUCUAGCCCUAAAUGGAAUGACAUGAAGGACUCGAGCCCGAGUAGAAGUCAACCAGUUCCUCCUGAUUGGUGGUUUGAAGAUGUUUCAAUACUUAGGAUUGAUCACUUUGUUAGGGUCAUCACUGCAAUCAAAGUAAAGGGUAUGAGAUUUGAAUUGAUUGGUGCUUCAAUAACACAUUACGCCACGAAAUGGCUUCCGGGUUUGAUCAAAGAUAGUCCAGUAUCUUUUGAGGAAGGAAGCAUCAGCAGCAACAGUAACAUCAGUAGUAAUAGUGGUUGGAAAGGGGGACUCCAUAUGAUUGUUUCCGGAACAAAAGAAGAUAUCUCAUCUGUUCAGGCCAAGGAUCAACGAAUGAUCAUCGAAAGCCUUAUCAGCAUUAUCCCACCACAGAAGGAUAGUGUCUCGUGCAGCUUCUUGCUUCGGCUUUUGAGAAUGGCAAACAUGUUGAAAGUAGCACCUGCCUUGGUCACUGAAUUGGAGAAAAGAGUGGGGAUGCAAUUUGAACAGGCCACAUUGGCAGACCUUCUCAUUCCUUCUUAUAAUAAAACUGAGACUAUGUAUGAUGUGGAUCUUGUUCAGAGACUUCUAGAGCAUUUUCUGAUUCAAGAACAGACCGAGAGUUCAAGUCCGAGCAGACAAUCGUUUUCUGAUAAACAUAUGUAUGAAGGGACUCAGAGGGGCAGUGGUCCAAAUGCCAAAAUGAGAGUUGCAAGGCUUGUUGACAGCUACCUUACAGAGGUGGCCAGAGAUAGAAACCUAUCCUUGACAAAGUUUCAGGUGCUGGCAGAAGCUUUGCCUGAAUCUGCAAGGACCUGCGACGAUGGACUUUAUCGAGCAAUUGAUUCAUAUCUCAAGGCACAUCCGACACUCUCUGAGCACGAAAGGAAGCGCCUUUGUCGAGUGAUGGACUGCCAGAAACUCUCUAUUGAUGCUUGUAUGCAUGCUGCACAAAAUGAAAGGCUUCCACUAAGAGUAGUGGUUCAAGUACUAUUUUCCGAGCAGGUAAAGAUAAGCAAUGCAUUAGCAAACAAUACCCUCAAAGACACUGGCGACUCCCAGUAUCAGCCUCUGGUAUUGAACCGGAAAACCUUACUUGAAGGGACACCACAAUCAUUCCAGGAAGGGUGGGCAUCUGCAAAGAAGGACAUCAACACACUGAAGUUUGAACUUGAGACUGUUAAGACUAAGUACCUCGAGCUUCAAAAUGACAUGGAUAAUUUGCAGAGACAGUUUGAUAAGAUGGCAAAGCCGAAACACACAUCAGCAUGGACAACUGGGUGGAAGAAAUUAAGCAAGCUUACUAAAAUGACAGCAUUGGAUAACAAUGACAGUGGAAAUCAGCUUCCUACUGCAGCAGAGCAGACUAGAAAGACACCAAGAAGAUGGAGGAAUUCAAUAUCCUAAUAGUCUGUAGGAGUCAAAGAAUUAGUGUUUGCUGCGAGAUUACUACCUUCACAUUUGAAUUCUGUGUUUUCAAAGUUGUGUUUUCUUGGCACCUUGUCUUUUUGGAGGCGCAGAUUCUCUGUCUCCUUUCUUUUUCUUUCCAUAAAGCUCCUUAGAAAAAACUAAACUUAAAGAAAAAUUUCACUUAAAUAUGUAUUUAUGUCAUUUGAGAA